AUGGCCGAAGUCAUUAACAUGCCGGUCGAUUCCCUCGACCAUCGCGGCGGGAACGGCGACUUCGAUAGACCAUUGAAUCGACGCGGAGGCGAGUACCAUGAUAGGAAUCGGUCCCCGCCACCUCCGCAACGAGAGAGGGAGAGAGAGUAUAAGAGGAGGAGUAGUGUGAGUCCUCCACCUCCGGUGCCUUACAGAGACAGGAGACAUUCGCCGCCCCCGAGGUGGUCGCCUCCGUAUAAACGAUCGAGGAGGGAGGAUGGUGGAUAUGAUGCCAGGAGAGGAAGUCCUAGAGGUGGAUUUGGAGGUGGUGAUCGAAGGUUUGGAUAUGAUUAUGGUGGUGGAUACGAGCGUGAGAUGGGAGGGAGGCCAGGGUAUGGUGAAGAAAGGCCUCAUGGCCGAUACAUGGGUCGUGGAGGUGGAUAUCAAGGUGGUCCUCCAGAUUGGGAAUUGGGACGUGGUGGCUAUGGCAAUACUUCCAAUGUAUUGCCUGCUCAAAGAGAAGGCUUAAUGUCAUACAAGCAAUUCAUUCAGGAGCUUGAAGAUGAUAUAUUGCCAUCUGAAGCUGAGCGCAGAUAUCAAGAAUACAAGUCGGAGUAUAUUUCGACUCAGAAACGGGUUUUCUUUGAGGCCCAUAAAGACGAAGAAUGGUUGAAGGACAAGUAUCAUCCAACGAAUUUGGUUGCAGUCAUUGAAAGGAGGAAUGAACUUGCACGAAAGGUUGCGAAAGACUUUUUGCUUGAUUUGCAGAGUGGAACAUUGGACCUAGGUCCUGGUGUCAACGCGAUAUCAUCAAAUAAAUCAGGGCAGGCAAGUGAUCAAAAUUCUGAUGAUGAUGCAGAGACUGGUGGUAAACGAAGAAGGCAUGGUCGACCAACUGCAAAAGACACUGAUCUUUCAGCUGCUCCAAAGGCUCAUCCAGUGAGUUCAGAACCCAAGAGAAUCCAAGUUGAUGUUGAACAAGCACAGACCCUUGUACGGAAACUUGAUUCUGAAAAAGGUGUCGAGGAAAAUAUUUUAAGUGGGUCUGAUAAUGACAAAAUGAGUAGAGAGAAAUCCCAUGGAAGCUCCACUGGCCCUGUUAUCAUCAUACGAGGCUUAACCUCAGUCAAGGGCCUCGAAGGUGUGGAGCUACUGGAUACACUUAUAACAUAUCUCUGGCGAGUCCAUGGAUUGGAUUACUAUGGAAUGAUUGAAACUAAUGAAGCUAAGGGUCUUAGGCAUGUGAGAGCUGAGGGAAAGAGUUCUGAUACAAGCAACAGUGGAACUGAGUGGGAAAAGAAACUUGACUCACACUGGCAAGAGAGAUUGAGGGGUCAAGAUCCUCUAGAAAAAAUGACUGCUAAGGAGAAGAUAGAUGCUACUGCAGUUGAAGGUUUGGAUCCAUAUGUCCGGAAGAUUAGAGAUGAAAAGUAUGGGUGGAAGUAUGGUUGUGGAGCCAAGGGUUGCACAAAGCUCUUCCAUGCUGCUGAGUUUGUGCACAAGCAUCUCAAGCUGAAACACCCUGAACUUGUUAUGGAGCUGACUGCCAAAGUGCGGGAAGAGCUGUAUUAUCUAAACUAUAUGAAUGAUUCAGAUGCACCUGGUGGCACACCUGUCAUGCAGCAGUCCAUGCCGAAGGACAAGCCACAAAGGCGCAGGCUUGGUCCGUUGAAGGAUGAACGCGGCAACCGUAGAGAACGUGACAAUAGAGCAAAUGGCAAUGAAAGGUUUGAUAGGUCUGAAAACCCACAAUCAGGUGACUUCCAAUCUAAUGAUGGUCCUGAUGGAGGAAAUCGCGAUGAAGCAAUGUUUGAUACUUUUGGAGCACAAGGCAUCCAUGUACCUUCCCCUUUCCCCUCAGAUAUAGCUCCUCCACCAGUUUUGAUGCCUGUUCCUGGAGCUGGUCCACUGGGGCCUUUUGUUCCUGCCCCACCUGAAGUUGCAAUGCGCAUGUUUAGAGAUCAGGGUGGUCCCCCUGCGUUUGAAGGUGGUGGCAGAAAUGCAAGGCCUGGACCCCAACUAGGUGGGCCAGCCCCAAUUCUUCUAUCACCAGCUUUCCGACAGGAUCCUCGACGUAUACGCAGCUAUCAAGACCUAGAUGCCCCGGAGGAUGAAGUCACUGUUAUAGAUUACAGGAGUUUGUAGGUGUCACUGGUGGAUCACAGAAAGACUUUCAGAUAUGGAUUCUUAUUUUUGGGCGAAGGUAGUUUAUGUGCUAGGUGGACUUCAGUGACAUAAAGCAAUCCAACUGCAGAAGCGUCACCUUCUACUUAAUGCUAUUAAGGGCAGCUCGUCAUUGCGUUAAUCAGUAAUCGGUAAGGCUGCAACACUUUGAUACGGAUUCUGAUUAUGCCAGUGAUGAAAGGUGGCCCUGAUAUAUUUUUUUUCAUCUCUGCCCACGUUUAUUGUCUUGAGAAGCUGCGCUGUGUAUUUUAGGGGACAACAUACAAUAUUUGACGAAAUUGUAUCUGUAGAAUGGACUUUGUGCAAAGCAGAUUUGUCAAUUUGUUUGCGAUUUCAUAGUUUUCAGUUAGCUUGAGAAUACUUUUUUUUUUUUUUAGAAUAAAACAAAGGAGGUCCUAAAGAAGUGCCAGAUGAAUGGUGGAGUAGCUUAUUAAAAACCUCUUUCUUGUAGCCUGUCCUGGACAGUGCUCGUUUCAGUAAGAAUUGGGCAUUUUGGCAUCGCAAUGUUGAGUAGAAGCUAUUUUGUUAUUUUC